AUGUCGUCCAUUCAAACUAAGGCGAUAGGGGUACAAAAGCGGCAGAAGAACCCGAAUCGUUGCAAGCCGAAAUCCAAAGGCGGCUGCCAAAGGUGCAAGCAGCGGAGACGUAGAUGUGAUGAGACAAGACCCAGUUGUCAAGAAUGCGUGAGAAAGGGUUUUGAAUGCCCUGGGUAUCAGAAAAAGCCGCUCCAGUGGCGAUACGUUUUCCACGAAAGCGAGGAAGAGGCUUCACCAGAAAAGGAGACCAUUUCUUUUGUAAAGCCGCAGCCUGAUAUCCAAGUACGGGAAGAAGAUCAGGUUGAGCAUGCACAGGAGCUGCAAGACCUCUGGGAUGAGGCCAACUCAACAUUAUUCAACCAAUUACCGGGCUUCGAUGCCUCGGUGAAUAUCUGGGAAAAGAACCAGACUGGAUCAAAUGAAACAUCAAUUGUGAAAGAUGGUUCCCAAUCAGACAGUCUGGCAAUACUGCACCGUCGCCUGGCAAACCUCCCAAUACCGUCCUUUCUCAUCCACACGCCGGCCAUCUUAGUACAAUAUUAUUUUGACUACGUCUGCAAGUCAUGGUCAUCGUUUGAUUCGCCACUAAACCCUUUCAGGAUUAUAGUCAGUCGCCUAUGGAGCCGGAAUGCGGCUAUUUACUAUGCGAUUCAAAGCAUGGCCGCGGCAUCGCUAGCCAACGACUUCCCUGGGAUGAGAGCGAUCGGAAUCCAAACGCAGCACCAGGCAAUUGCGUGUCUUAGGAACAACCCGAGAGUAGGAAUGCUACACCGGGACAAUCAAGAUGACGAGUUCUUCUUGGCUCUCCUCAUGAUCGGAUGCACGACAUCUUGGCACAACGCGGCUGAUUUGGGGCUGGAAUAUCUGAAAGAGGCCAAAGACUAUCUCGGACAACAGCAAAGUGUGUGCCAGAAUCCCGAAUCAACGCUUGCCAAGCAAUAUCCAUUGUUCCAGCAGUGUCUUAUGUAUUGGAACAUGUUAGCUGCCUUUGUGGCAGAGGACUCCUUGCUUCUGAAUGGAGAGAGCGUCCUGGAGAGACCCGACUCGGAGACAUCUGUCUAUCUGGUAGAUGGCCAGGCUCUCCCUCACCCAUGGACCGGGCCGCUAUCCAAAGCACUGAGCAUAUUUUCCCAGACUGCACGAGUAAUCCGAGCCGCGCGGAUCUCAUCUCGAACGCGUGGGAAUGACAUCGAUCUCACACUUUUCGACUUUGAUUCCUUGGUUGAGGAGCUUGACCUACAAAAGGAUGCUGGGCAUCUCGAAGACGAGAUUCUGUUCACUGGUCUCUCAUCUUUCUGUGGGCCCGUUGACACCGGAGAUACAGACACGCCUCCUGCUCAUUUCAUAACUCUGGCGGAGGCCUAUCGGUGUGCCGCUCUCCUGCAAAUCUACCACGUCUUUCCGGAUAUCCUAGAAGAGCGGUUCCGCCUAAAUGAGAGACCCGGGAUUGAGGUCCCGGCAUUAUUCCUACUCCUGUUCCCGAGGAGAGAGAACUCUCUAGUCCCAUCCGUUGAAGAAGCCCGUCGCAUCCUAGCACUACAUGUUGUGUCACUCCUGGACCAACUCCCCUCAACAUCAGGAACCAGGUGUAUGCACCCCGUUCUUCUGGCUUGCAUUUCUAGCGAUCUUGUAUUUUCCAAUCAAUCUUUGCUCGGCCCCGCUGCGAAUGCGAUUUCUUGCCUUAAUACUCUGGAUAUUGAGAUUGCACAGGCUAGACGGAAGAUUAGCUUGUGGUUGUCAGAGCUCAGUUUGAUUCUUCCGAAGCUACGAUUGCAACGUGUAGCAAAGAUUGUGCAUGGGACUUGGGAUCGGGCAGACUGUGGGAUGGGCCAGUACUGGCUGGAUACAAUGAUUGAUCGGAACCUUGAGACUAUUAUGGGAUGA